AUGGCUGACCCGAAUCCCAGCCCGGAGCUCAAGGGACCGACUGUGGCCGCCUGUGCCAACCAGUGCCUGGAAUCUUUCCAGCAAUGCCUUAUCAGCGCAUCUUCAGUGCAUCCACGAGAGGUCUCGAUGGUGGAAGACCAACUUGCCAGAUUCUCCAGCUGGGCUACUAGUAUUGGCGUAUUCGCCCCGGGGCCAGCUUCUAUGGAUCAUCGCCUGCGAUACGCCUCUGAAGUCCAGAGUGUCGUGACUGGUCUGUUGGAGUCCCUCAACUACCGUGUUCAGACCUGCUCGAAAGCCCUUGCUCAACUUCCAGAAUCCUUAACGACAGAUGUCUCCACGACAACAAACGAUCGGUUGGGGCAAUCAUUUCUUGAUAUCGCCGCUGAGAUCACUCGUCUCAACAAGAUCUCCAACACAAUUCGUCGGGCCAGCAAAGAUACUCAGGUGCUCAAAGCAAGUAACUUCCAAAUCAAAGAUGAGGAGGGCGAAAAUGUCGAGCCACUCCUUCUGAGCCAUUUUGAACAUCACAUUGGCGACUGGUUUCCCGGUAUCAGCGAAACCAUCCGGCAGAGGCUCACUCGAGCAAUGCUCCUCAGACGGAAAAGAAUUCUGUACAGGAGGCAUCGCCAAGGGAAUACUUCUAUCCGUUCUGAAAAUACCAUUCCUCAAGCUUCUGUCACAUUACCUGAUGCUCAGCCAGCAGCAGAGUCUUCGUUGCAAACCAGGUCAAAGGAAAAAGGCAAAAAGGCCGCUAUCAACAGGCCGGCGGCCAAAGUGGCACCCUCACAAAUUAAAAGCGCCACUACCUUGGCUCCAGAGAAGUUCAAAAUGGUUUCCUCCAGUCCAUCGGUCGUCUCAGCAAGCAGGACAAUCGCGUCAGGUAAACACCAGGUUCUGACCUAUCCGCCCGCGCCUGGCUUCGCUGUCAAACGGAGGUAUGAGAAGCUCAAAAGCCAACGAAUGAUUGAGACAGCGGAGAAGAUCACAGAACCGAGUCUUCAGGAGCUACUGGAGUCAGACCUUCGAGCAAUAGGGGAAAUCACCUGCCCGUAUUGCCUUUAUGCUCUUCCAGCCGCCGAAGUCUUUGAUGAGCGAAAGUGGCAAAAUCACGUCAAGCAUGACCUAGACCCUUACGUCUGUCUUUUUGAGGACUGCGAUCAGCCCGACGUUCUGUAUACUCACAGUGAUGAAUGGCUUGGCCACUUGCAUCAACACGGCAAGGUUUGGCGAUGCUCUUCUCAUCGCCAGAUGGGCCCAUUUUCUACCCUCGAAGACUACAUGAAACACAUGCGGGAGGUGCACGAAACCAAGCUCAGCGACAGGCAACUCCGAGUGGUGGCAAACAGGAAUAGCCGUAAGACAACCAAGCUUUUUCCAUCAUGUCCCCUGUGCGGGAGAGAGGAGUCUGAAGUCGACGGCCGUCUCGAGGAUCACCUCGCCGGGCACCUGAGAUCCCUUGCCCUCAAAUCACUUCCAAGCUACCAAGACGAGAUUCCAGAUGAUGCUGGGGAUGAAAACAACAGCAUUGACGGGUCGCGACCACGAAGCAGAAGUACCAUUAGAGAGAUGGAGGAAGAGAAGGAGGAGAUGCUUCAAGAUGGAGCAGGAAACUUCUGGGACCAUUGGACUCCUCAGCUGACUCAAGGUAUUUCAGUCAACUUUCUGGGAGAUGUUUACUUUGAGCUAGAUCUGGGGGACAGCGAGGCCCGGGUUGCCAGUCUGUUUUUCGAUACCAUGGUCUUCAAAGAAUCGGCCGAGAAUCUUGAUGAUGACCCGAUUCUUCAGUCCAUCCUGCAACAGCAACUGGCAAGAAUAGAGGUUGUCGAUGCCAGAACAGAUGACAGUUCGGAUCUUUCUGUGGAACAAGAGGUGGCUGGUGCUUCAAAAGCUCCCGUGGGCGAAACAUCUGGACAGGAUGAAGUUGAUGGCGCGCUCACACAACAAACUGUCGAUGCUGAAGCCGUUCAUGCCCAGCCAGCCAUCCCCGGACAACACACCGAUGUUGACCUUCCAAAGGGAGACGAGACACCUGAAAGACUGAUUGAAUCGACGACGCAGGCUCAUCCAGUUACAGAGUUGGAUAUCCCAGCGGACCCAGAGAGCGCCAAUUUGUCGAAAGUUCCCAUGGGCGAGACGCCUGGGCAGGAUGAAGUUGGGGAGGCGGCCGCACAAAGGCCCACCAAUGCCGAAGCUUCUCAUAUCCAGGAUGCCACUUCUGGACAAGACACCGAGGUUGACCUUCCAAAGAAAGAUGAGAAUCCAAAGCCUAAACCGACGGCACAGUCUCACCUAAUUGGAGAACCGGAUAUUCCAGUCGGCCUAGAGAAGGGCUAUUUGUCGACAGUUCUUAAACCCGUGACAUGCCGGCACAAAAAGGCUGGUAACACAGCCGGGCCAGAGCCUGCCAAUACUGAAACUGUCAAUUUCAAGGGAAGCCAUCCUGUACAUGGCAUGAACGGUGUCUACUGGGUGCACCGGGAAACUACUGAGACAAACGACCCCAGCCGGAUCGACGCUGCUGUUAGCUUCAUUAAUAAGGUCAAGGAUCGCUUUCGGGACGAGCCGGAGGUUUACAAAAAAUUCCUUGAGAUUCUUCAACCCUAUCAGCCCGAACAACCACCACCUUUGGAGGACGCUUCUUUGUUGGCAUCAGCGAUGUCUCGAAGAGGGGUUGUUGAGCACCAGUACAUAUUGCAGGAUGUUUACGCUGAACUUACCACUCUCUUCGAACCCGCCCCCGAUCUCUUUGAAGAGUUGAAUCAGUUCAUACCACAGCCCUACAGCCAGCCAAAAAAGGACGCCCGACCGACAAAGGACAUACUAUGCCGAAACGUUCUGAUCUACGGUCGCUGCCUCGACGAGGGUAAAGGUUGCGCAUUCAACCACGACCCAGACAAAGGAAAUACGGUCUCUAAAACUCAAACAACUCAGCCGCCGGGUGCGCUGUCGAAGGGUUCCACGUCUCUGGAGGAGAAGGACGACCCCCCCGAUCCCCGGAGGAAACGGGAAUCGGGUGUCUAUAUUAAUGGGGAAAAGGUAAUGGAUCUGGACCGCCGGAGCCGCCCACUCACAAAACGUCAAUCCCCAUCACCUUCCCCUGGAAAUGCACCAGGUGGAUCCUCACCAAACCAAAGACCUCCGAGGCCAGCUGCGGCUUUUGACAACCAAGGAUCUGCAGCCUCAGCACCUCAGGCCCGGUAUGCAAGUGUCCCCGUGGCCUUCCAUCAACCGGUAAGCGAUGGUGACUACCACCCAUAUCCCAUUGCUGAAAGUGAUCCUUUGGAUGGUAACUACCACCCGUAUCCCAUUCCUCAAAGUGAUCGCUUUAAACCGCCGCCGCCCCCUUCAUACCUUUACCCCGAUGAUGCCUUCGAGGCCGACGUUGAAGAUGAUAUCCCACGCCCGAAAAACCCUCGACGGAAGACUCGCACUUCAGGUAUCUACGUCGACGGGAAGAAGGUGCGAGAUCCAAACCGCGGAAACUCCCCAGUGGGAUCUCGCCGUGAGCGUAUUGUCAUAGUCGACAACCCGCCGACUCCCUACACUACACCCAAUGCCUUGCCCUACACCACAAUAGGUCCUCGGCCAGUGAUCAUUGACGAGCGCCCUCGCCCUCGCGUCGAGAUCGAAAUUGUUGACGAUUCCCGACCGAGACGUCACCGGCACACCUCUGAUGUACCCAACUCUACCCGGAGCUUGAAGGAGGAGUCGACCCAUCCCCGCCAUGCAUCCGAUGUCCCUCGUUCUGCCCGUAGCUUGAAUGACGACUACGAAGAGCUAGAGAAGCGACGGCAAAGACGCCGGGAGAAGAGGAGGCAACAGGAAGAGGCAGACGAACGACUUCGGGCUCGCAUUAACAAGGCAAAUGCUGAGAUCGGCGAUCGUCCACCGGUUCCUCCUGAGCCCCAACGCCCUUCGCCCUACCGGCGGCCCCCCGUCGAGCUUCUCGAUUCUGAGCCAAACAUCGUCAGAGCCGGACGAUGGGAUGAUCUUGAGCAGGAACGCCGCAAUGAAGAGGCCCCUCGGCGGGCUCUGAAGGAAGAGGAAAAGGAAAUACAGCCCUCAGCCCGGGUUUUUGAGGACGAGGCAGAGCUUGUUGAGGCCGUACGGCGACUACAAGCUGAACAAGAUCGCUAUGAAGAGGAAGCUCGCCGGCUAUCUCAGAAGGAAGAGGGGAAGGGGAAGGGAAAAGAGGGGGAGGGAAAGCAGCCCUCGGUCGAGUUCCCCAAUCGUGAAGCAGAGCUUAUCGAAGCUGUGCGGCGGCUUGAAUCGGAGCGGGAGCGUCGCGAAGAGAAAGCUCGCCGGCAGGCUCGAAAGGAAGAGAUGGAGGAAGAUGAAAUCCAGCGAAGGCGUCUGAUAGAGCGCAUGAAACCGAGGGAACGCUCUUCUGUCGGCGCUAGUAGUCGGCGGCAUCGGGUACUCUAUGACGAGGGUAGCUACCGAUGGGAAUAG